AUGAAUAUUGACUUGUUAAUACAUAGUACUGACAAUACGCCACAUGAAGCAUCUAGAAAACGGAAGUACGAGGACGACGCUGAAGAAGAUUUUGAUAGCGUUUUCUCUCGGAGAUCCACUAGCUCAUCAAUAAGCGCACCUAGUCCAGAUACUCAACUGCAUGCUACAAAGCUGGGCAUAGAGCCAGAUUUUCGUGAGUGCAUAGGUGAGACUGACACACAAGAGAGUGGACAAUGUGUCUCAUUUAAGGAGUAUUCUUCUUCGAACACCCGCAUUACAUGUUGUGAAACACUUUUCAAGGCCUUGAGUGAAAAUUUGAAACACCCUAUUAAUUUGUGCAGCAUAAAAUUUGCUGAUGCGGGCCUUCAUUCUGGGCAUGGAGAGACAGUAGACGAAACCACGAGGAAACUUGUAGUGCAGAAAAUUCACGAUAAAUAUGUUGAGCCAUUGCUUGACUUAACAGGCUACAAGUGGGUGCGAAAAGAAGUCACUCCUAAGGGCCGUGGUUUGAAGGUGUUCUCCAUGAAAUAUUCCUGUUCCCAAGAAGUACGACGCAGACUGGUUAGCCAUAGCAUCAGUAGUAAUACGGUAGAAGAGGAUACCUGUCGAUCCAGGCAAUUAUCACACCCACUAAAGCAGUUUAGCUGCGAGUCACAUUACUCCAUAAAAUACACCUGGUCCACCAAGACCAUCGAAGUAAACUAUAGACAUGUUGCACACCCGCCUUUGAAAAGAUUACCUGAAAAGUUGAAGCCCUUUAUCCUCAAGCGGCUCGAUAUGAGAGCCAUGGACUUGUACCAGGAAAUUUUAAUCUCGCCCGAGUUCCAGGAUAUCAAGGAUCUUCUUUUCUUUAGCAAGGUACAGAGUUAUUGGUCCAAGGAGAGAAACAAGAGGAAGGUGGAAACCACAAAAGAAGCGUUUAAAAAGUUUCUAAGCAAAUAG